AUGAACAUACCAGACGGACACGACAAGCCGGUGGCGCAGGCGUGCGUCUCGCACGAGGACUCCCAGCCGUCGGCAGCGGCACCGCCCACGAUCCUCCUCAACCCCCUCGAGCGCAUGUCCGACGCCGCGCUGCUCGCCGACGCCGAGGGCUUCGUGGCCGCCCACGGGCUGGGCGGGGAGCACCGCGAGGCGUUCCGCAAGGGCGCGCUGCUGGCCAAGACGCACAACUGGCCGGCCGGCUUCGAGGCCGUCGACGAGCUCACGCCCGAGGACAAGGCGGCGCUGCGGUACGAGGAGGCCCACAAGUGGUCGUCGGCGCCGCGCAUGCUGUACCUGCUGUGCGCCCUGUGUGCCGGGUGCGCCAUUGUGCAGGGCAUGGACCAGACGGUCAUAAACGGCGCGCAGUCGUUCUACUUUGACGAGUUUGCCAUCACAGACAAGCUCCUGCAGGGCCUCGUCAACGGGUCCCCCUACGCGGCGGCGGCCCUCGUCGGCUGCUGGCUCAACGCGCCGCUCAACAACCGCUGGGGCCGGCGCGGCACCAUCGCCUUGUCGUGCUUCCUGGCCUUUGUCACGGCGAUAUGGCAGGCCGUGUCCACGACGUGGACGUCCCUGCUGGCGGCGCGCUUCGUCCUGGGCCUCGCCGUGGGCGCAAAGUCGGCCACGACGCCCGUCUACGCCGCCGAGUGCGCCCCCAAGACGAUCCGCGGCGCCCUCACCAUGAUGUGGCAGAUGUGGACCGCCUUUGGCAUCAUGCUCGGCCUCGUCGUCUCCAUCGCCUUCCAGAACCUCGACGUCCUGGGGCGCAACUCCCAGUGGCGCUGGAUGGUCGGCGUCACCGCCGUCCCGCCCCUCGUCGUCGGCCUGCUCGUCUACGCCAUGCCCGAGAGCCCCCGCUGGUACAUGGACAAGGGCAGGUAUCCCGACGCCUUUCGCUCCAUGUGCAAGCUCCGCAAGCACGACGUCCAGGCCGCCCGCGACAUGUACCUGGCGCACAAGCUGAUGAGCGCCUCUCAGGGCAAUGGCGGCGCGGCCAAGUCGGGCUGGCAGCUGUUCAAGGAGUUUUUCACCGUCCGCCGCAACCGCCGAGCCGCGCAGAGCGCCUGGUUCUGCAUGCUGAUGCAACAAUUCUGUGGUGUCAACGUCAUUGCCUACUACAGCACCAAAAUCUUCGUCGACGCCGGCUACUCGCGCGAAAACGCCAUGCUCGUCUCCUUUGGCUGCGGCGCCUGCAACUUCCUGGGCGCCAUCCCCGCCAUCUUCACCAUCGACCGCUACGGCCGGCGGCAGCUCCUGCUCCUGACCUUCCCCGCCAUGGCCCUGUUCCUCUUCUGGACGGGGUCGAGCUUCCUCAUCGCCGACACGGGCACGCGCCUCGCCUCCGUCGUGGCCAGCCUCUACUGCUUCAUGGUCCUCUACUCGCCGGGCCUCGGCCCCGUGCCCUUUACCUACAGCGCCGAGGCGUUCCCCCUGCACAUCCGCGCCGUGGGCAUGUCCUCGGCCACGGCCAUCACCUGGGCCUUUAACUUCCUCAUCAGCUUCACCUGGCCCGAGAUGAUGGACAAGUUCACCGCCGCCGGCGGGUUCUACUGGUACGCCUCGUGGAACCUCUUUGGCUUCGUCUUUGCCUACUUCCUCGUGCCCGAGACCAAGAACCGCACGCUCGAGGAGCUCGACGCCGUGUUUAGCGUGCGCAACCGUGACCACGCCCGCCACUACAUGCGUAGGCUGGAGCAGUGCUGGGCGCGGAUGCUCGGCCGUGACGUCGAGCCCCUGCCGCCGCUGUACGGGUCCCUUUCCAUCGCGGAGAAGCGGACAUAGACGGCGAGACGCGCGGCUCACCAGGAGGGGUUUAUGUUGAAUGGGCUAGCGAGGUCGUCUAUGGUAUCGAAGUAAGGGGAGAUUUGUUGCUUUAUUCGUGAAACCUUGGUGUUUGGAGUUG